UUUGCUCAAGGUCGGCUAGGCCAUCAAAAACCUACAGUGGGAGAGAAUAAACCAGGUUCCUGUGGAGAAAGAAGCACUGGAAGUGGAUAAGACAUACAUUGAAUAAAGCACCCAACUGCGUCACAUAACUAAACCUUGCUUAGAUCCCUCAAGGUCACACGAAAAGAGGAAGACCAAAGAAUACAUAUCGCUGAGAAAUGGAGACAUACACGAGAAGAAUGAACAACAGGUGGACGGAACUAGAAAGGAGAGCGCCCAGAAGAGAGUGGGUUGAAGAAUGCUGAUCAGUGAACUUUGUUCCAUUGGAGGUGAUAGACGUAAGUAAGUUAGUAAGUAACUUUUCAUAAAAUACAACCUGUUUUUUUAACUGUUCAACUUACUCAAUAUUAAAUCAUAAUCACAUUUCUUUCAGAAUAUACUACUGUGUGUAUGUUGUACAUACUUACUCUAAAGUAGUACCUUUUUAGUAUCAUGACUAAACAGUCCAAUGAAUUAUCACUAUUUGACUCGUAUCAAAUUGUGUAUGAUUUAAAAGAAUACAAUAUUGAAUUGAAGCUAUUCAUUCUGCGAUUAAAUCGUGGCUUAUUCAUUUGGUUAGGCAAUCAAGAGAAUAAAUUAUCUGGUUUAUCCGUGUGUUUACCUUCAUCAUUAUCCAUGUUGAAUCAACAUACUACUACAAUUUAUUCAGUAGCUGAUAAUAAUGCACAACAUUCAUUUGGUGAUUAUGAAGAGAAUAUAGCAUGUAAAAUUUCCAAACGUUUCAAUUGUCCCACAUUUGUUAGUAUUAGUUUACCAUAUGAAUUUACUGUAUUAUGGAAUAAAAUCAAUGUGUUGACACAAAAUACAUUUGGUCAAAAAGUGGAACAAUUUAUCAUUGAUAAUUUAUCGACAAUUAAAUUUUUAUGAUAAUUAUGAUAUAUAUUUUGUUGUAUGAUAUUAAAAAAAGAAACUAGUCUGAUUA